AUGUUGUUUAGAACUAGACAAGGUAAUGAGACUGAGAAUGGGGGAGAGAACCAAGGGCAAGCCGGGCAGGGUCAGCAACCUGCACAGCAAAGGCAAAUCGUGGAAAGGAGAUUUCAGAUCGCAUUUCAGCUCGACUUAUUUCUCAUACUCAAGCUUGCUGCUGUCAUCUUUUUGUUCAACCAAGAUGGAUCAAGACAAAGGCUCGCUGUUCUUGUGAUUUUUGCUACCAUCAUUUACUUAUACCAAACUGGAGCUCUUGCACCGUUUGUGCGAUGGCUCUCACAAGGUAUGCAUAGAGCAGCGGUACCACCACCUCGACCUCAGAGACCUGGUGCCAGAGCUGAUAAUGAUCCCGCAGCUGCAGUGCCACUAAACGAAGAUGCAGUUCCCGAGGGACAAGAGAAUGAAGCUAAUAAUGGGAAUCAAGCAAACGCAAAUGAAAACGUAGAUGCAGGACACCAAGGGAAUCAAUGGUGGGGAAUAGUGAAAGAGAUUCAGACGAUUGUUUUCGGCUUCAUAACUUCACUACUCCCUGGCUUCACAACAUAG